AUGGACACGCCUCGGCUCUGCGAUAUGGCAUUUGGGCCUUGCCAGAUUGAUGGUAUCAAGGCAGAGCAGAUAUUUACAGGGAUAUCGAAGCAGAUAAUUGAAUAUCAAAUUGCUUUGUCUCAGCUCGCCGAGGACAUUAAAUCAAAUAGUAUUCCGAUCACAUAUGAGAGCAUAGUGUCAAAGAUAGACGAAAUUAUUUUUCCUGUCCAAAAUUCUCUUCAACUUGUUGAGAGCCUCGGUGUUACUAACAAUGAUCCCGCAUGGCGUCUUAUCACCAGCCGUUUAACUUCCAAGCUUCUACGCGCCCAGAGUGAGCACCUGUAUAGCAAUGCUGAAAUUUAUGGUGCCCUACAUAAGGUUCUUCUUGAGUUGCGUCCGCAGGAUAACCUCAAAAGAGGAGUAGUUGAGCAACUGCUGGCCGAAGGUUGGUCCAACGGAGCAGCUCUCGCCUCUGCUGCUUCGGGUAAGGUUGAAUCAUGUAGCUCCUGUGGUAUCCCUCACUUUCCACAUAAGAACGGGAAGGGAAGCUGCCGAAAAUCUCUUAGCCAACUCUUUUACCUUCGCUCCGAGCUGAUGAAGGCGGAAAACAUGUUUGAACAGAUGGUCACCAACAGUGCCUAUGUCAGUUCUCCUGAAACUAUCAGCCAGGCCUCAAUCACUGGUCGCUACGACAAUGCUAGACGAAUUGGUGCCCAGUUGCCCAGCUACCUUACGAACGUACUUAUUCCGAAUUCGUCUGGAUAUAUACCUGUUGCGGAGUCCGAUCUCUCCUCCUCUGCUCCUUAUUGGUUUCCCUAUGCACUGGGCGGGAAGCAGGAGGGCGGCUACUUUAAGGACAUGCGCGUUAAUCUGGGUAUCGAUAAAUCCGCCAAUAUGUUCCUCUGCCAUUGUAGUAAUAGAGAGCUGCGGCGGGUGGUGUGGCAGGCGCUGGUGCAGCGAGCGAGUCAGCGCACCUUCGGUGGCUCCUCGGGUCAGCACGCUUCUAACGAUGGUCGAAUUGAACAAAUGCGGCGUCUACGCGCCCAAGUUGCCUCUACCAUGGGUGCACCCGACUGGCUCUCCCUCGUAUGGCGCCGCACUGCCGUCAGUGGCCGUGGGCCCUCCAGUCCCGAUGACCUUGUCGACAAGGUCCUCGAACCAAUUCGCAAAAAACUCCUCCCUCUCGGUAAAAUCGAGUGGACCAUCCUCAAUGAAUGGGCUGAGUCUCAUCUGCGCAUCUCCCCUAGCCUGGAACAUUACGACAUCGCGUACGCGAUAGAGCAGUACAAUUUCACAAUGUCGUUGGCGCCGGGAUCAAGUCUCUCCAUGGACCCUCGGUACAGGCGCGUCCUGCCUUUCGAGGCAAGCAUAGACCGCAUCUUUGGGCGUCUCGGUGACCUAUUUGGCCUCACAGUUGCAAGACUGCCCGUGGGUGUGGGUCACGCGACCCGUCUUGGCAUCACCGACAGUUUCUCGUACGAAGUUGUCGACGCCGGUGGGAGGGGCAUCAAACUCGGUGAGAUCCUAGUUGAUCUCAAUCCCAAGCAUCACUUCGGCGCGGCGUCUUUCGGCAGCGUGACGCCUGUGCCUCUAGUGACUCGCUUUCCACUGCCUUCAAAGUCGCCUUCCUCAGUUGCCGCCGAGGUUUCGAUUGCCUGCAUGUUCGGUAAUCUCUCCUCUGACGCUAUUCGUAUCGGUCUCUCAGAGAUAGAGGCGCUAGACAUUGCGUCGGCAUUCGGCAGGUGCCUGCAGCACGUCGUCAGCCGCACACCCUCCUACACCUUCACGGGUCUAACCAUGCCCAUGCCGGGUGCGAGCUUCGCUGGUUCGACUGGGGGCAUUCCUGUUAGGGACAACUCCUUUUUAACCCAGGAUCUUAUCAAACUCCUUCUUAUUCGCUCCGGGCCCAUGCGCCAAGCCAUCUUCGGAGAUGCUCUUGGUGAUUCUGGGACUAAUCGCGUUGUUGUCAACACCGCGCAUGGCAUAAGCCGAGUGAUGGCACUGCCGUUCCUACGCACUCUAUAUGAAUCGCGAUUUGACCUUGAGUUGUGGGCGAAGGGUCGGUCGGCGUGGAAGACGUGGCAUGCUCUCUCGGAGUCGUUAUGGCUGCAACAUAUGCCCUACCCAUACCACCCUGAUGACCAAUGGGCUUGUUCUGCUUUGGGUAUUUUUGGAUCCCGCGGUAUUCCUGGCAUGCGCUACUUCGAAGUUUGGCGUCAGGUCAUCGCUUUUGACUGUCUCUCCGCCUUCAUUGAGGCUGGCUUCGAUAAACAGUGGGAUGCGCAACAGGUUAAGGGCCUGUUCAUUCAAUACAGAAAAACAGUUCUUGACCCGGGAACGGCGCUCUCUUGCCGCAGCACUUUCCAGGCCUUCAGGGGUCGCGAUCCCUUACCAGACGCUCUCCUGAAAACCUUCGAUGUCUCACAUAAACUGCUUCGGCGAUCUGCUUUUUCCUCCAACUCAGUUCCUCCCGAGGCUGUUGCGACGCAAUAG